AUGACCGUCCACUCCCUGGAGGACUUGGAUACCUUCAAGUAUAGUGACCUGCAGAACUUGGCCAAGAGCCUGGGCCUCCGGGCUAACCUGAGGGCUGAUAAGUUGUUAAAAGCCUUGAAAGCACACCUUCAACAGGAAGCAAAAAAAGAAAAUGAGAAACAGACUGAAAGUCAAACUUCUUCCUCUUGUGAUGAGAGUGAGAUACAAAAUAGAGAUCAGGAACAAUCGGAGAGGAAAACAGUCAGCCACACCAAAACACGGAGAAGGCGCAUGACAAUUGAAGGAAACCCUAAUUCCCAGUGUCAUUCAGAGUUGAAGAUAAGUGAUCCCACUGAAUCCCAGAAUCGGGAGCAGCAGGUAAACCAGGAUUUCAAAGCUGCUGUAGAAGUUCCUUCUCAACCACAUGAGAGCCAAGUUGAUGAGAAUUCUGUUUCCAUGGGAAAAAGCAGAUUAAAUGGUAAUGAAGAUUCAAAGAUACCUUCAAAAAGACAGAGGUCUCUUUAUACAAAUGGUUUUCCAAAAGCUGGAAAAAAUAAAAAAUCUGGAAGCACUACUCCAAAUUUUAAGAAGCUUCAUGAGGCUCAUUUCAAGGAACUAGAGUCCAUCGAUCAAUAUGUUGAGAGAAAAAGGAAACAUUUUGAAGAGAACAACAAUUCACUUAAUGAAUUGAAGAAGCAGCCUGUUCACAGGGGUGUGGUGUUGACUCCAAUAUCGACUCCAGUUCUGCUCAGAAGGCCCUCUGUGGCUUGCACUCCCGGCAGCCAGCGACGCUCACAAUGUCGAUCUCAGGGCACCACAAGUCGGAGCAUCUUGUAUACAAAGCGGUCAGUCAAGUCCUCCACGUUCUCGGCAACAAAAAUGAAUGUCAGGUUUUCGGCUGCUACUGAAGAUAAUGAGCAUAAACGCUCACUGACCAAGACUCCAGCCAGAAAGUCUCCACAUGUGAAUGUAUCUGGGAGUACCCCCAAAGGCCUGACUGUGCUUGAGACACAAAAGUUAAAGGCUGCCAAGCCUGAUUCUGCUGCUGUUAUUACCCCCUUCAAACUGACUGCAGAGGCAGUGCAGACUCCUGUGUCCAGUAAGAAACCAGUGUUUGAUCUCAAAGCAAGUUUGUCUCGUCCCCUCACCUAUGAGCCACACAAAGGGAAGCUGAAGCCAUGGGGGCAAUCUAAAGAAAAUAAUGCCAUGAAUGAACAUGGAAGCAGAGUGAGCUUCUAUAAGAAAACGUACAAACAACCUCAUCUCCAGACAAGGGAAGAGCAGCGGAAGAAACAUGAGCAAGGACGAAAGGAGAAGAAAGCAAAGGUUUUGGGAGCCCGGAGAGGCCUCACUAUAGCAACAGAUUAA